UGGCUCCUUUGAAUGUAAUCGAGAAACAUGAUUGCUUGAAUUUGAAAGGCAUCAGCACCGCCAGUUUGAAAGCGUAUUGUACAUCCAGCAUUCAUAGCUAGAACCAGUGCAACUAACAACCGCAAGAAGACGAAGUUGAAGGAAACUUCAGCAAUGGAGGAUUACUUGAAGAUAGAGAAAAUUGGGGAGGGUACCUAUGGUGUCGUGUACAAGGGUAAGCACAGGACUACAGGCCAGGUGGUGGCCAUGAAAAAGAUUAGGUUGGAGAGUGAAGAGGAAGGAGUUCCCAGUACAGCUGUUAGAGAAAUCUCAUUGCUCAAGGAACUUCAACAUCCCAAUGUUGUGUGCCUUUUGGAUGUCCUGAUGCAAGAUUCAAGGCUCUACCUCAUCUUUGAAUUCCUGUCCAUGGAUUUAAAGAAAUACCUGGAUUCCAUACCGUCUGGUCAGUACAUGGACCCUAUGCUUGUGAAGAGCUACUUGUACCAGAUUUUGGAAGGAAUACUGUUUUGCCACUGCAGAAGAGUCCUUCACAGAGACUUGAAGCCCCAGAAUCUGCUGAUAGACAACAAAGGCGUGAUAAAGCUGGCUGACUUUGGGCUGGCCCGGGCCUUCGGCGUUCCAGUGCGGGUUUACACUCACGAGGUGGUGACGCUGUGGUACAGGGCGCCCGAGGUGCUGCUGGGAGCCUCCCGCUACUCCACCCCGGUAGACGUGUGGAGCAUCGGGACCAUCUUCGCCGAGCUGGCCGUCAAGAAGCCGCUGUUUCACGGCGAUUCCGAGAUCGAUCAGCUCUUUAGGAUUUUCAGGACUCUGGGGACUCCUAACAAUGACGUUUGGCCGGAAGUGGAAUCCCUGCCAGAUUAUAAGAGUACAUUUCCGAAGUGGAAGGCGGGCAACCUUUCUUCAUCGGUGAAGAAUCUGGAUGACGAUGGCAUCAAUCUGUUGUCGAAAAUGCUCAUCUAUGACCCUCCAAAGAGAAUCUCGGCAAGGCAAGCGAUGAGCCACCCCUACUUUGAUGACCUUGACAAGAGGACCCUCCCAGCCAGCAAAUUCUGAGAACCCUGACCCUGAACCAAUAUUAGCACAUAAUUAUGCAUUUGUAUUCAUUUCUGUGUGUUGUCGAGUCUCUUUGUGUUACAUAUUCAUGUAUCUCACUAUACUCUCACCGAGUUCCUCUCCUAUUGGUCUUAAUGUGUUCUGUAAAUAGUGUUGAAGAUCUUGGCUCAAUAUUGUGUAUAAUACCACCAGACAAAUACAGAAAGACAGGUGUUUGUAUAUGUAUAUAAAUUUAAAAUUAAAGGGCUUUUUUGAGCUUCCAUUUAUUAA